AUGAACAGCAUCAUCAACAAUUGUGAAGGUGAAGUCUGGAAGCACGAACUCGAAACUUACUCCAACGCGCUCGGCUUCAAGAACUACGGCUACGACCAAGUCGUGACAGGCAAUGGCAAGAUCAACUACUACAUCGAGGCCGCGCUCAAGAAGCAGUACAACAAGUGGAUCUCGGUCUUGGCUGGCUUCGAAGGCUUCCCGUACCAGACUGUCGAUGUUAGUGUCGUCGGCUGGGCCGUCGAAAACAAGAACAUCCUCCAGGGCGACGUCAGUAAGAUCCAGGUCUACGCCGACAUCGACGGCGACGGGAUCCCACAGUGCGCUGAAUCUUGCAGGAGGCGUGUUGUGCAGGAGUACUUUAUGCAGAAUGUUGAUGCGAAGAAUAUCCAUAUUUAUCUGCAUGAGGUUAGACAUACGUUUGCGCUGGAUGACCUCUAUGACUGGACUUCUAGCGGUGUUACCAAUUUUAUUAUGAUGGCGAGUAGUGCGGCUGAGACCACCCAGUUUGAUGCGUGGAUGGCGAGGGAUUGGUGGAGGAACCUUAAGUCGAAGUACAACCUUUAGAGCGAUUGUGUGGGUCGAUGAAGUGCUGCAUAUUGGAGGGUCCACGCGGGACGUGAGCGUUGAAGCGUUGAAGCGUGGUGUUGGUGGUGUUGAUGUUGAUGUUCGUGUUGGAAAGGUGCGUGUGGUGUCGAGGUUUUUUGUUGAUACUUUUAC